AUGGUCAACGAGAAGACCGGCGAGCAGGCGACAUUCCACCCCUACCGCUUACUGAUCCGCGACGACUUCAAGGACGCAGCGGCCGCCGGCAACUACCGCGUAUGGACCGCGAGGGAGCGCAAGAUCUACGAUAUUUCCAAGCAGCUGUACGAGUAUGGCGAGCCCUUCUGGACCAAAGAGGGCCUGCGCGCCGUGGAGGAGCAGCUGGAGCGCGGCGACGAGGUCGUCAGGCUGCCGACGCUGACUGGGAACGAUGUCGAGGUGCGUGUCGAGGGCGCUGGUAAUCGAUUUGAUAAUAGGCCCCCUGAAAAUGAGGAUCCGCUGUAA